CCUCAGAUCUCAGUAACCACUCUCGUAAUUGACCCAUUGACUACGAGACUUGUUAGCAAUGGAAGUUGGUCUCUGUUUAAAAAAAAGGACGACCAGCCGCGCUAGUACGACCACCAUGACCAUACACUCUCUGAAUUCUGAAACGUCAAAUCCCCACCACUAAGAAACCGUCCAUUCACCACAACGAAAACGAUCACGCCUCAAUAAAGACCUUCCAAUAGUUGAUUCCGCCACAGCCAAAUAUCACUUGCAGAAAGUAACCCACCAGCUAAGCCCAGAAAAAAAAACCAGUCCUUCAAUGGCGCCGCCGUCUAACCCCGCCGUCGACCCACGAACCGGGUUCUGCCCAUCCAACUCCGUCUUCUACAGCAAGCGCGAACCCAUCGCUCUCCCACCCAACCCGUCCCUCGACGUCACCACCUUCAUCUCCUCCCAAGCCCACCGCGGUACCACGGCGUUCGUCGACUCCGCCACCGGCCGCCGCCUCUCCUUCCCGGAGCUAUGGGCCGCCGUCGACUCCGUCGCCACGUGUCUCUCCGUCGACAUGGGGAUCCGGAAGGGCCACGUCGUCCUCCUCCUCUCCCCGAAUUCCGUCUCCUUCCCGAUCGUCUGCCUCGCCGUCAUGUCCCUCGGCGCCGUAAUCACCACCGCCAACCCGCUCAACACCCCGCGCGAAAUCGCCAAACAGAUGAAGGAUUCCCGAGCCUCCCUCGCCUUCGCCACGCCGCAAUUGGUCCCCAAAAUCGCGGAGUCGAACCCUAAUCUCCCAAUCGUACUCAUCGACGAAGUCGUUCAAGAUCCAAUUCGUCUCACUAAUUUCAAAAUCGUCUCGAAAUUGAGCGAGAUGGUGGCGGUUCAGAAAGGGGAUCUGAAUCGGCAGCGAGUCAGGGAGCGAGUCGACCAAAACGACACGGCGACUCUGCUCUACUCUUCUGGAACUACAGGGGAGAGCAAAGGAGUCGCGUCGUCCCACCGCAACCUAAUCGCGAUGGUCCAGACCGUAAUCGGCCGGUUCAGUUCGAUCGAACCGGACGAAGACGGCAGUCGGGACCAGAUCUUCGUCUGUACGGUCCCGAUGUUCCACAUCUACGGCCUGGCGGCGUUCGCCACGGGGCUGCUGGCCUCCGGAUCGACGAUCGUCGUCUUGUCGAAGUUCGAGAUGGACGAGAUGCUGUCGGCGAUCGGGCGGUACCGGGCUACGUACCUGCCUCUGGUGCCGCCGAUCUUGGUGGCGAUGAUCGGCGGCGGGGAUCGGAUACGGGCGAGGUACGAUCUGAGCUCGCUGAGGACGGUUCUGUGCGGCGGGGCGCCGCUGAGUAAGGAAGUGAUCGAGGGGUUUCUGGAGAAGUAUCCGACGGUGAAGAUUCUGCAAGGGUACGGACUGACGGAAUCGACGGGGAUCGGGGCGUCGACGGAUACGGCGGAGGAGAGCCGGCGGUACGGGACGGCGGGGAUGCUGAACCCGAGCAUGGAGGCGAAGAUUGUGGAUCCGGAGAGCGGGGAGGCCUUGCCGGUGAACCGGACCGGCGAGCUAUGGCUGCGUGGGCCCUCGAUUAUGAAAGGUUACUUUAGCAAUGUGGAGGCGACUUCCUCUACCCUUGACUCAGAGGGAUGGCUGAGAACAGGGGACCUCUGCUACAUUGACGAGGAUGGUUUCAUUUUCGUGGUCGAUCGAUUGAAGGAGCUGAUCAAAUAUAAAGGAUAUCAGGUUCCUCCUGCUGAGUUGGAGGCUUUGCUGCUGACUCAUCCUGAAAUUGCUGACGCGGCUGUAAUACCGUUUCCUGACAAGGAUGUUGGGCAGUACCCAAUGGCAUAUGUGGUGAGAAAGCCUGGAAGUGCCUUGUCCGAGGAAGCUGUCAUGAAUUUCAUAUCUAACCUGGUUGCGCCAUACAAAAGAGUAAGGAGAGUUGCGUUCGUGGCUGCCAUACCAAAGAACCCUUCUGGGAAGAUUCUGAGGAAGGAUCUUAUCAAGCUUGCCACCUCCAAACUGUAAAUUUUUGGUGAAGAGGAAGUAGUGUCAUCGCCAUCAUUAUUACUUGUGUGUACCGAGAUUAGGUUUCUGCAUCAUUAUGCUUUGAAGUUGGUGGGUGGCCUGGCCUCCCCUCUUUGUCAAGGAGUGGUAUGUGGAUAUGGAGAAGUGGGAUAUCGAGGAGAUCAAUUGUUACGAGUACUGGGUUUGACCCAGCUGCUCGAUUGGGACCGCCACUACGCCGACCAACCUUGUUGAGGAUUAAGACGAGCGUCAAGGACUAUACAUUGUAACUCUUCCACAUUUAGUUCUGACUAUGUAAUAAACAGAAUCCUGAUAAACUUUUCAGUUUAUGUCUCGGUUUUUUGCAAGCGCGCAAUCAAUAAGGCAAGAAAUACAAAACCGAAACGUGAUUUACUAA